GGGCCCGUUACAUUAGAUAAAUGUUAUUUCAAAAACAAUGUACCACUAUUUACGAGGCAUUUUCAUUAUUUUUCCGAUCUUUGUUAUUUUUAGUGUUUGCAGUCAGCCAAAUGUAGAAGUAUCCAAUUCUACUAUUAUAACAACGCGAAAUGUCAGUGCGUUUCAAGGAAGAAUCAUCGUGAAAGAAAUCAUUCGACCCCAUAACUUAUUUAUUGGCAGAUGCACUCAGAAAUAUCCAAUACUACAUCAGGAGAAUAUCGUGUUGAAUAAUGAUGGAAAAAGCCAAGUAUCGGCUAAUAUACGGAUGAACGUAGAAGGACCAGUCUCCAUAAAGUGUGUAAACGUUUACGAUGAAGAUCCGGAAAUGUCGGCCUAUCCAAGUUAUUCAUCUGGAGGUCUUGGUCAAAAUUUUGUGCAAUUUGACGUCUUGACAUCAUUUGGAAAAGGCUUCAAAUUCUUUGUACAAAUUUUUGGACAUAAAACAACCGGUUAGGAAUACCUAUAGGUACUUAUGUGAGUGAUUUGAACUCCGCGAGGAUUCCGUCGAAGGUCCAACAGAAAGCUAGCCACUAAAUUAGAAAUAGAUAAUUUUUCAAAUUUUGACUGAAACUUAGGGGUAGGUAUGGAAUAGAUUAUAAAAAAUAUAAUUUUGUGAACCAUUUCGAAAUCUGGAACAUUGCUAGAAAUUAAAAUUAAAAAAAAAAAAUUGGAAAAAAAAUUGUGUCAAAUAUACAAUUAACACACCUAGAUAGAAGUUCCACAUUUCUGAAAUAAUAAUUGUUUGUACAAAUUUAUUUUUUCGGUGCUACCCUAAAGUGACAUAACUUUGACGGUUUUCAACUUUACACUGCAAUAUUGCAUUACUUGAAGGCGACAAAAAUCAAACAAAAGUGCCAAUAUUGGGGCUGUACCUGAUAGUAUAGAGAGAUGAAAUAAUAUUUUUGGUUCCAUCAACACAGACCCGUUUUUUUUUUAAAUGUUGGUGGUCAAAGUUACGACCUGGGAAGGUAACUUUGACCACCAAUCUAAAAACUGAAAUAAACUAAUGUUACAGCCUCACAGAGCAAGAUUGACCAAUAAAAAUGUUUUAAAAAAAUUUCUAAGGCUAUAAAAAUCAUAAAAAUCGAGUUGAAAAUAAGAAAACUACAACAUUUUAACUCAUUUAUUUAUUCUUUCUCCAAAAGUCAAAGAGAUAUUAACAAAAUGUUAUUAUCUAAUCAACUUUAACUAAAAUUCUAACGGAAAUAACAUACAUUUUUUGUUUCUAAUCAGUCAGUUGCAUUAUAUCCGCUGAAAUUGCAUAUUAUCGUUCAUAAAUCUAAUAUUGCAAAUAAAAUAAACCCUUAUUCUUUGGCGUGAAACAGAACACAUUAAAAAAAAAAACCUCUACCUAACCUAUCUAAUUUCUACUUGUCAAUUUCACUCUAUUUCUAGAGGAUUGAGAAGAAAUUCUCCAAAAAAUAACCCCUGUUUUCUAUUAGAAGAAUUCUUUAGUUUCAUAACUAUCUGCUCUGUUUCUAUAAUCGAUUGAUCCACUAUCUUCGUUUGGCCAGAAAAAAAUUAACUUUUUAUUUCGUAAAAAUGAAACAUCAACUUCCGAAUCAUUUGAAAUGACCCAAUGACCGGUGGUCAAAGUUAGGAACGCAAAAAAAAAAUAGGUUAGAAAAUUUUGAAAAAAUUCCCUGAACUUUAAAUAAAGUGUUAACGCCAAAUCUAACACAUGCAUUUGCGAACAUACAUAACAGGAUACUCACCGUGAGUAAUGAUGACUCCUGAUUAUAUUUUGUUUGCUCUCCACGAGGGAAAGUUUGCAAGUGACAAUUUUCAACCAACUUUUGGUUCAAACGGUCAAAGUUUAUUGUGCAUCUGAUUUUCAACUGAACAUGCAUUCCGCAACACAGUGCCAGUUAUUAGACAUUAGACUAACUGUUUGUAGGUAGAAAUCGCCAGCAAUAUACAUUUACAGUUUUUUAAGGUACAUUAUAUCAUUUAAUGAUCUUUUGGUCAAUGUUAGGGGAACAGUCAAAGUUAGGGGAGUUUACGGUACCACUGACAAAUUCCUAUUAAAUUAAUAGUAAGUACAGGACCUAUCCAUCGUUUUAUAUGUAUCAGUGGCGUAGCGAGGGGGGGGGGGGGGGGGGGGGCAGAGGGGAAAGGGCGGCAAAUUUUAAUCAAAAAGCUCUAAAUCGCCAUCAUCUAAAUAGGGAACUUGCAAGUGAAAUAGAAUUUUUCAAAUUUGUUUUAAAUUGGUAGUUUAUACUGCACAAUAUUUAUAUGACAAGUUUUUAUUCAACCGAUACCGCCCUUGUUAUACAAAAAAUAAUACCAAAACAAUGCUUCCAUGAUGGCUACCUUUUUUGACGUCACGAUUCUGUAAACAAGCCUGUCAAUAGGGAACUUGCAAGGGGAAUAAAAUUUUCAAAAGCAGUCCUUCACAAUAUUCUUCAUCCAUUGCGACAAUUUCCACAGAAAGCAAACUUUACCACACUGAAAUAACACAAAAAUAGCAUUGCGUCAGCAGGAGUUUGUUUUCUGCGUUUGUUGUUUACGAAAUCUUGACGUCACGAGCGCUGUCAUAUUGAAACCUCGCGUUUCCGCGACAAAGUUUUGAUUUGAAUUUCAAUAAUUUUUUUCUCAUACAACGUAUAAAUUAAAAUGGAAAAAAAGGAAACUAAGUAUUAUCUGAUCAGCAGUUGAGAAAUGAAAAUUUCCUAUUACAGUAUAGAUGCUUUAUUUGACUUUUACUACUUUUCUUGACUAAUACUUGGGGUCGUAUUUUCGAAUAUUUUCGCCUACGAAAUUUGAUAUGAUUUCGAAUGCUCUCCAUUUAAUUUAUAUUGCUGUCAGUCAAAUUUCGUGUACGAAAUGUACUCGAAUGGUUUCGAAAAUCGCACCCCUGUGCUAAUACAUAAAAUGGAGGGGGCGGCACAUUUCUGGUCGGCCCCGGGCGACGAAAGCUCACGCUACGCCACUGAUAUGUAUAUGGGGGUAACGUUCAACAAAUUAGAGACAAGCUGAAAUUUGGUAAGAGACUUUGUUUUAGGGUACUAAAUAUCCUCUGAAACCCCAGCGCCGCAGCGUUGAGCCCGUCACCCUAAAACCACCCCUUAAGUGGGGUGAAAUCUACCUUUUUUUUAAUUUUUCUUGAUUAAUUCAAAACUAAGCAUUUUAGGAAAAAAAUUCAAGAGAGAAAAAUUGUAGAGAAGAAAAUUUCCUAUCAAAUAGAUAUAGAUCAGUUUUUUUCAGAUGUUCAGUGGCGUAGAUAUUAGGUAUUUAAUUAAAGGGAUUUUUCUAAAAACCCCACUUGUUUAUUUUUAACCUUAAAACGGACAUGUAGGUCCGUUUAAGAAGUGCCAUUCAUAACUUUGGUCAUACCAUACAUCUCAAAAGUGACAGUUGUGGGUGACAGUAAAAAGUGACCGAGGAUAAAAACUCGCGCAAAAGUUGAAAAUAUUUUUGAUGUCGGUGUCUCAAUAGCGAGUCACCUCCGGGUUGUAGUUACAAUGCAGUACAAAUUUUAAAAAUUCCGCCUUGACAGUUUUCGGAAAAAAAAAUUAUUUUGGUUUUUGUCAUCAAAAACAAUGUGUUAGAAAGAGACCUUUAUCAUUUUCCUUACAGAUAUGAAGUCCUUUUCUAACACAUUGUUUCUUAUGAUGAAAAAACGAUAUAUUAUUUUUUAUCGGAAACUGUUAGAGAAAAACCUAUCGAAAUUUGUAUCAUUGAAAUCAGCAAAAGCAGAGCUUUCUAAUGAGCUAAUAAUAUAUGUGGGUAUAGGGUGUCUUAUUGAAAAAAAUCGAACUUUGAUCAAUAUUAUCUGGAAAUCGGGGCCAAAUAGAAAAAAACUGAGACAUCACUGGAUUCUGUGUAAAAAAGUGCUUCUAAGGCAUCAAUCGCGGAAAUCAAUUAUUUUCAUAAACAAGUUAUAAAGUUUUCACAGUAUUGCUCAAAAUCGAGAAUCGCCCUCUAGCUGCUAAACGGUUGAAAAUAUCAAAAUACAGUUUGCACUAAUCAAGAUCUCAUGAAAUUUGAGCCUCAGAGUGGGGGGAGCGGGGUUCAUUUUUUUGUAUCUCGCUCAGGAAUUGACGUUUCAUAUUAAAACCGUCCAAUUUCGGACACCCCGUUCAUGCAAGCGAAUGGGUCUUAGCUGCUCUAUGGCAUGUGGCCAAUGCAAUGGCAUUAUACUUGUAUGACCUCAGAAAAAGUGGACGUAGAAGAAGACUCUUUUUAAGAUAAAUUUUCUUUUUUUUUUCCCAUUUGCAUAAUAAACUUUCUGGCUUAUUUUGUAUCUCUAACAGUUUGCCGUUUACCCCCAAAACUACAAUAACACUUUAUGGUAUUCCUAUACAUUAUAAUAAAAAGUGCCUUAUUUAUAGAAAAUACUAUGUGCAUUCGCCCUGAAAUGCUUGGUUUUAAAGUGUUAUAAAUGAAUAAAUGGGGUUUCUAGAAAAAUCCUCUUAAUUAAAUACUUUCUGUCUACGCCACUGAACAUUUUAAAAAAAAAUGCUGCGCCUAUUGGGUAGGAAAUUUUCUUCUCUUCAAUUUUGCUCUCCUGACAUUUUUUCCUAAAAUACUUAGUUUUGGAGUUAUUAGGAAAAAUGUAAAAAAGGGGUGGUUUUGGGGUGACGGGCUCAACGCUUCGGCGCUGGGGUUUAAGAGGGUAUUUAGUACCCUAAAACACAGGCUCAUACCAAAUUUCAGCUCGUCUCAAAUUUGUUGAACAUCAUCAUGUAUGGUCCCUGUACCAUCUUGAAGAAUCUUCUUUUUAUUUCAACCUUAUAUUGGUAUUUAAAAGGUUGAACAUUGAUUAGUUUUAUUAUAAACUUGGGUAUUUUCUUCGUUUAUUCUUUUUUAAUUUUCGAUGCUUUUGUACUUUUUGAUAAACUGUUUUCUGAUGAUGGAAUAAUAAAUGGAUUCAGAAACGUA